AUGGCAUCAUAUUUUGGUAGAACAAGUGCGGUGGUAAUUGUUGGGAUUACUUACGUGUGGCUUAUUAUUAUUGUCAAUGGGGAUUCAGAUUUUUAUAAUAUGAAUGAAGUGUUUCUUCGUACAACUCCCGAUGCUUGUCGAACUGGUGAAUAUUUCGAUACAUUUGCGUUCAAAUGCAGGAUAUGUGAUGAGGGCUUGCAUCUCAGAGUAAGCGACGACCACCUUUCAUGUACCUGCGAUGAACGUUCCAUUCCCUGGCGUGACUACGACAGUACGAUUCAGGGUCCAAUUUGCCGCAACAUGAGCGAACUUUUCGACGUGCCGGGCCCACGAAUCGAAGUCCUUAAAUUUUGUCAUGCUUAUCAUGUAACACUGUUGAAUUCGACAAAGUCAGCGGAAAAGCUGGUGCAAAUAUUCCGGAAAAGCUAUCCCCCUGGUAAUGAUAGUACAGUUUGUGGCUGCGGAAAUCAUCAGCAGGAUACCAUCACGUUCAAGGAUGUCGUUCAAAGGGACGUAAUUAAAACGUACUGCUUACCGCAAUCGUUGCUAAGAGAUGUUCAAAACUAUCACACAUUUAAACUUAGCCACCGCCACAAUGGCGACGUGUUUCGAAACAUCAAGUAUCUAAUUGUGUUUUGUCAUGUAAUACGAAGUCCCCGACAUUGCCAUUAUUUAGCGAACCUGUGCGUGCUAAGCUUUUACAGUCUGGACAAAUAUUCACCGUGUGGCAUAUUUUAUACGUAUCAAACCUACGACAUGUCGUUGGAUAAUUCCGCUGUCCCUAUUUCCAUAGUGAGGGGAAGUUUAUUCGGUGUUCGAGAUGGAUCGGAUAAGACAGCCCGCUUGUGGACUUUCAGUGACAACGUAAAACCACCCCUGUUUUAUCGGCGCGGUAAAUAUGUCAAUGAAAUCUUCGAGAAAUAUCUGGACUUUAGUUACGACACGAAUGCUGGAAAUUCAAAAAACAACACGCUAAACUUCACCCUCAUUAGCUAUAAUUUAUAUGGCCACCUGAGGAGUUUCCGCACCAUGCGAUUCGCUGAUUUGAACCUGUGCGAACGCUAUUCGAUCAGCCAGGAGCAGAGGGUACGGUUCGCCCAAAAUUACGACCGACGGUGUCGCAUUAGUCUGCAGCAGAUGUUGGAUGAUUUUUCCGAGCCGGAAUUUAUAAACCUGUACGCAGAUUACUACGACCAGAAAGCACGACUCUUGCGCUCUAUUCCGGUGCUGGUGCGGAAGGCUUUUUCCCAGAAUGAUCACGUGGAUCCGGAGCGGUGGCAGCUGGUGAAACGGUUCCUGAUGGUCGAUGCGCUGUCUGGCAUGAACGAAAACUAUAAGCAUAGAAUGUACUCCAGAAGCCCGCUUCAUGAGCGGUAUCACUUUGUACGAUACGUGAAGAAGGUGGAGUUCGAAAUUCGAUUGCACACAAAUCACGACAAGAAUCCGAAUAGAAUUGCGGUGCCUCUGUUGAAGCUCGAGUACGGUUUAGUGAACAUGUCACAAUGGAAAUCGGAAUCAUUUCCGGAGGAAACUGUGGAUUUUGAAUUUAAGAUUACAUUUAGUAAGAAGUAUAAUUUUGAUUCUUUAUUAGAGAUUCUGCUUCCUAUCUUUAUAUUGCUUGCUUUUACCAUGACGCUCUUCCAAACGUUCUGCCAUAAAUUGCGCCAAAACAAAAUGUUCUACGAUAUGGAGAUAUUCGUAAAUUUUAUAGUGUACCUCUGCUCAAAUGUUGGCACAGCACUGCUGGGCGUAACGGUGAUAGUUGCGCUGCACGUGUUUGUCACGUACAAAACACAAGAAACUGUGAAAAUAUUACUUCCAGCGGAGGUGCAAGGUGCUUUGGAGGUUUUCGUCUAUCUCGCGUUUAGUUUUAAAUUACUGAAAUUGGUAAGAAUUUUCAUACAAAUAUCGGGAAUAGACAUAUUCUUUAUCGAUUGGGAGCGACCUAAGAUACUGGAUAACGGCCUCGGAAAUCAACGUUCGCAUCUGUUGGACACCACUUCCGUAACUUCUAAUACAACGAACCGACCAUCGUGCGAUAGUGUUUCGGCGUGGCGUAACUAUUUUAUCGCCAACGAAUGGCAAGAACUGGCCACAAAGCGAAAAAUUUCCAUGUUUUCGCAUGUCAUUUUGCUGAUCGUAACAUUUUCAUUCCUUGGUUUCGAACAUUGGUCAUCAAGGAGCUUCGCUCUGCAUGUGCAUGAAAAUGAAGAAUACAUCGGAGCAGAUGACAAGGUGCUUACAAUUGCAGUAGGAAUUUUAGUCUAUAGUUUCAUCUACUUCGCACAAUGGGUGUACAAUUUCCUGAUCUACGAGCGUUUCAUCGAAAACGCUAUCCAACAGUUCAUAGAUGUGGCUUCGCUUGCCAACAUAUCCGUAUUUAUUCUAUGUAUGGACACGUAUGGGUUCUACAUCCACGGUAGAUCACCGCACGGCUUCUCCGAUACGGACAUGUGUUCGAUGAUUCUUCAGUUUAAACGUGAGGAAGAUAAUCUUUGUGGAAAUCGCGGUCUGCUUCCCGGAUCUGAACAGCAAACUUACUCGAUUUUGGUACCCAAGAACCUGCGAACUUUUUACGAUAAAUUGAUUGCACCGCUGAAAAAUCCUGCAAGUUUUGGACCACACCAACAUUUGAAUCAAACCCAUCUUAUCGGUAGUGCUAAGCUGAGCAAUUCCGGAGUUAUUAGCGGGCCCGGAGGGCACAUUGAGUAUAACUUUGAAAGAACCAUACUAACGUAUUACAACGUAAAUCGAUUUUUCGCUGCUUUUAUCGAUCAUGCUUUGAAAGAGUUAGAUUACAUUAUCCAAGAAAGGACAAUACUAGAAAAUAUAGUGAACUGUGAGUUUCAAAGUUAUGUUACCGAAAACAAAGGCGUAUUCUACAUAGAUAAUGGACACUCCUUCGAUCAGGUGCUGUUCUACGGUAACGAAUCGACGUUCUUCCAGCUAGAGUUAGCAAUAUUUUUGGCUGUUCUAUUGCUGUUUAAUAAUUUUCUUGCCGCAACCGUAGUCGUCGGAGUUGUUUUUAAAACGUUCGAAUUAGUCAUGAACUAUUUGCUAAAAAAUAACUUAGCCAAAAAGACACUAAUCGACAAACGGUUUCUCAUCUAA